CUUCCGGACACACCAACAUCAACAACCGAGGGAGCAGCUAACGGUAUCGGAGAGGAGGUGGUACUGGCGGCAGGAGAAAGCCUUUCAGUGACCGGGAGGCUAGCUACCCGUCCACUGGUAAUAGCACCAAACUAACGCAUCUCAUAGGUAGGCUUGGUGGUGUUACACUUUUAAACAUACUUUUAUUUUUAUCUAUUUUGUUUUCCUCCCCGGAAAAGUUGUCAUUAUUGACUAUGGAACGCUCUUGUAGUGUGAAAAGCAGGGAUAGCAUCACCCACCAAGACCACGCACCUGCUCCUCCCUGUAGCCGGGGACACACCCCUCCAACGUCGCAACGGAGAUCAAGGCGCACUAUGGUGGAUGUGACAAAAUGGCCGCUGUUUAGCCUGAUGGAAGGCGAGGAGCUCUCGUCCAUACGACAGGCCUGCGUGUUUGGAACCUCUGCCAACGAGGUCAUCUACAUCACCCACAAUGAUGACGUGUUUGUGUUUGGGCUGAACUGCAGUAACUGCCUGGGAACAGGGGAUAGCCAAAGCACCAUCCUACCUAAGAAGCUGGACUUUCUGAGUGGGAGGAAAGUGGUCAGCCUCAGCUAUGGCAGCGGACCCCACAUCCUCCUGGCCACUGAGGAGGGCGAGCUGUUUGCCUGGGGUCACAAUGGCUACAGUCAGCUGGGGAACGGGACCACCAACCAGGGGGUCGCUCCUGUGCUGGUGUCUGCCAGCCUGCUCAACAAGAGGGUGACGGAAGUGGCCUGUGGUUCACAUCACUCCCUGGCCCUGACCAACACUGGAGAGGUGUAUGCUUGGGGCUACAAUAACUGUGGCCAGGUGGGGUCAGGGUCCACGGCCAACCAGCCCACCCCCAGGAGAGUGUCCAACUGUCUGCAGAACAAGGUGGUCGUCAGCAUCACCUGUGGUCAAACCUCCUCUCUGGCUGUGGUCGAGAAUGGAGAGGUGUACGGCUGGGGCUAUAACGGAAACGGCCAACUGGGGCUAGGCAACAACGGGAAUCAGCUGACACCUUGUCGCCUGGUGGGCCUGCAGGGUCUCUGUGUGCUACAGAUAGUGUCUGGCUAUGCCCACUCCUUGGCCCUAACGGACGAGGGGCUGCUGUAUGCCUGGGGGACCAACACCUAUGGCCAGCUGGGCACAGGCAACAAGAGCAACCAACUCAGCCCAGUCCAGAUCAUGGCUGAGAAGGAGAGCAGGAUUGUAGAGAUUGCAGCAUGCCACUCCACACACACCUCAGCAGCUAAGACUCAGAGUGGCCAGGUGUACAUGUGGGGCCAGUGUAGGGGUCAGUCCAUCGUCUUGCCCUUCCUCACACACUUCUCCUGCACUGAUGACGUUUUUGCUUGCUUCGCCACGCCUUCCGUCAUGUGGAGGCUGCUCUCUAUGGAGCAUGAUGACUUCCUGACAGUGUCCCAGUCUUUAAAGAAGGAGUUUGACAGCCCAGAGACGGCCGACCUCAAGUUCAGCGUGGACGGCAAAUACAUCCAUGUGCACAAGGCUGUGCUCAAGAUCAGGUGUGAGCACUUCAGGUCCAUGUUCCAGUCCCAUUGGAAUGAAGACAUGAAGGAGGUGAUAGAGAUCGACCAGUUCACCUACCCCGUCUACCGCUCCUUCCUAGAGUUCCUCUACACAGACAACAUAGACCUGCCCCCAGAGGAUGCUAUUGGUCUGCUGGACCUGGCCACAUCCUACUGUGAGAACCGCCUGAAGCGUCUCUGUCAGCACAUCAUCAAGAGAGGCAUCACCAUAGAGAACGCCUUCUCUCUGCUCGCGGCUGCCGUGCGCUACGACGCAGAGGUCAGUCCCGCUUCCACACCUAGCAACAGGACCUGGAGGAGUUCUGCUUUAAGUUCUGUGUGAACCACCUGACGGAGGUGACCCAGACUGCAGCCUUCUGGCAGAUCGAAGGCAACCUUCUCAAAGAGUUCAUCUGCCGAGCCAGCCGCUGUGGAGCCUUCAAGAACUGACCGCUGAACCGGCUCAUCUGUCUCCAUCACAGGGAGCUACGCUAGGCUAACCACGCUCUGGUCUGCCGUCUGAUACGAGCCACCAGGCUGUUCCGUUAGCUGUAGCGUCUGCCAGUGGUUGUCUGUUUACUGCACAUGAGAUGGGUGGCAAAGGAUGUUAAGUAGUUACCCUAACCCCUGUAUAAGGGGUGUUACAGAACUGUUCAGAGGGGUUAAUAGAUAUUUAUAUAUUCUCCCUCUGUGGGUUGGUAGUUACAGUUGCAGCUUUGGAGGCCAGAAUUCUUUGCAAGUAUUUUGUUUCCCUUUUUCCCUUCCAAUCAUACGUGUGGAUUGAGUUCUUGAUGAGUGAGGAGCACAUUUGCACUUUCUGAUACGGUGCAGUGGGUUCUGGGAAAGCCUGUGUGAGAUUGAUAUAAGUAACUUGUCACUACUGACAGAUAGCGGUCUUCAGUGUUCCAAUUGAACAGUGGGUCUCAGGUUAUUAGUCUAGGGAUUGAUUCAAUCAGAUCUGCUUUAGCCAACAUCUGCGUAGUGGUUGUUUUUGGGGUGUCGGAGGUGGAACUGCGCUAGAGCUGUCAGAUCCACAAGUGGUUCCCGGCCUUAUACCUAAAGCGGACAUUGCCAUUGGCUGCACGGAGUCACAUUAACAGAAAUCCCAUGUAGCCUUGUUUACAAGUUUGAUCACUGGAAUGUGAGAUGUAAUCUACACCUCGAUUAGGACUAUAGAAAUCCUCAUUAUUUUGUUAUGAUUUUUCAAUUUGACUGCCCACCUUCUUGUUCUGAACUUCUAACAUGACUGGGACAGGUGUGGCUUCAUGACAAUGAUCAAGAGCUGCAGCUCACCGAUCUAAUGUCUCCACAGUUCAACCUCCAACACUGCCAAAACAUCCGCUAUGCUGGAGUCUGUUGUUGCCUGGUAACGCUUGAUCUGAUUGAAUCUAUUCCUUAAUCUGUUAGAGCAAUAAAAAAAAUCCAUUUGUGAAACCACAUCAUUCCUAAAAAGAGCAACAAAAAAACCUGUGCAUGGGGUCAAUGUAAACUCCAUGAGAGAGUUCUUGGAGAACAUUGUCUGUGGAGCACAUUGGGUUGGCUGGGCUUUUGAAUGCAAUAUUUUCAGCCUAUAUUGAAAGAUGUUACAGAUGACUUCAGACGUUUAAGGUAUUGUUACUUUUCAGUAAUGUUUGGACUAUAUGUCAGCUGUACAGAACUAUUAUACAGAAAUGAUAAUCACCUAUUUUUUAUGUUCAUUAAAGACAACUUGUAGAUAUUUAGUUACACACACUGAGUGUGAGAAAGCUGGGUGAAGGCUGCUUUGUUGUUGCCAGUUGAGUUUUUAUGAUUCCAACUGUCAGUAAUUCAUUUCUAUGACUAUUCUAUGGAGUGGAGUGCCAGUUAACUUUCCUCAAUAUGACCAAUACAAAUGACCAGCUCAA